AUGUAUUCAUUUCUUGAUUCAGUUCUUGUAGUUAGGAGUGGUAACCUAUCACGUUCAAAGUGCUGUUUAGUAAGAAAGGAUGCGAGGGGUUUACUGGAAUGGGGAGAAAUCUGGGUUAACGCAUCACUUUUGACUUGGAGCUUUGUUUUGAACUCGAGGACACACUUUAAAGUGGUUCUGCAAUCAUACUUGAUCGUUACAAAAUUGGCCACAAGACGUUUUCAAGUACAGAGUGUCUGGACCAUUGAUAUUAGCAAGAUUAGAAGAGUAGCGAAUGAUUUAACUCAACAGGAAUUAAGAGAUUCAGUAAAUGGUGCUAUGAUUACUGAUAUUGAUGAGCUUUUAUUUCCAUUGGAUAAUCAAGAACAUUUAGCAUUAAAUGAGCAAGAACAUUUACUAUCAAAUGAUCAAGAAACUUCUUUAUUAGAAGUUGAGCAGACUGAUAAUAUACUUUUAAUUUCGGAAGUCAUUGAUCUUACUAAUAUAUCAUUCAACAGUGAUGGUCAAUUGCAAGUUAAUAAAUUGACAAAAAGUUCAAAUUCGCCUGGAAAUAUGGAUUAUAAUAUAGACAAUUUAAUAAAUAGAAUGUUCAAAAUAAAUAGUGAAUUCGAUUU